CUCACACCUCUCACACCUCUCACCUCUCACCUCCCCACCAUCCCAUUGGUAACUUGGCUGCAGAAUGACCAGAUUUGGAACCAUACAAGACACCAGCACCCAUCCCCAUAUUCAUCCGCCUCAGUGCAUUCAUUCUCCAAGUCGCCACAACUGAUACAUUUCCGUGUCUAUCCGACUCUAGACACAGACUCACAGUGGUCCCCAUUCCGCUCACUUGACCCAUCUUGUUCUUCCCACCAGAAGCCCAUAUCCCGUCGAACCCGUUCUUCCUGAAUGACGAAGCAAGUGCUCGGCCCAACACAGCGAAGCCGAUCAUGGGGGACGAGUACGACUCAGGAGACGACCUCUUCGAGGGCGUAACCGAGAGUGAACUCCUCCGGCCCUCACAACCCAAACGUCCGCAAGAGUUCGACGACGAUGUCGACUUCACCGAGUUGAUCAACAACAGCGACGACGCAUCCGCGCCGAACAAGCGGGCCCGGACCUCUCCCGAGCUGAAAAUGCGCCUCGCCGCGAAGGUCCUGGAGGAGACGUUCGGCUACGGCUUCUUCCGGCACGAGCAGCGGGACGCGAUUCGCCGGAUCCUCGACGGGGAGAAUACGUUAGUCGUCUUCCCGACGGGGGCGGGCAAGUCCCUCUGCUACCAGAUCCCCGCCAUUGUAUUCGAAGAAAUGGACCGAGAAACGGGCGAGCGGGAUGAAGGCGACUCGGGCGUCACGAUUGUCGUGUCCCCCCUCAUCGCGCUCAUGAAGGACCAGGUGGAUGCACUCCGACGGAGAGGCGUGGCGGCCGAGUGUAUUGACUCAACCAAGACGUGGCACCAGGUGCAGGAGAUCACGGCGGACUUGCGGUGCGGGAAGCUGCGGCUGCUGUACUGCGCGCCUGAGAGGUUGAACAAUGAGGGGUUCGUGGAGUCCAUCAAAUACGUACGGGGUGGGGUGCGUCUUCUUGGGGUGGAUGAGGCGCAUUGUAUAUCAGAGUGGGGGCACUCUUUUAGACCGGAUUAUCUCAAAGUGGCGCGAUUUGUCCAGGAAGUCCAGGCCGAGAGGGUCGUCUGCUUGACGGCUACCGCGACGCCUGUAGUAGCCGACGACAUUUGCAAGGCCUUCACCAUCGCCAAAGAGGGUGUCUUCCGAACCUCGCCUUACCGUCCAAACCUAUACCUUCAAGCAAUGACUGUGAAUGCGGAUGAUAAAUUUGAUCUCUUGUUUACCUAUCUUCGCAGACAUACAGGGUCGACGCUCGUAUAUGUCACCAUGCAAAAGCAAGCGGAAGAAGUGGCCUGGUUUCUAAGGACGGUCAAAAAGUUCAAAGCCGAAGCGUUUCAUGCCGGGAUGAAACCCGAGGUGAAGACUCGCGUCCAAGACCAAUUCAUGGCGUCUGAAAUCGAUAUUGUCGUCGCGACUAUUGCCUUUGGAAUGGGCAUCGACAAGCCAGAUAUUCGCAACAUCGUCCACUGGGACCUUCCUGGUACGGUCGAGGAGUACUGCCAACAAGUCGGUCGCGCAGGUCGAGAUGGCGAGGAUAGUUACUGCAUGCUCUACCUGUGUGAACGAGACUUUUACAUCAGGGAAAUGUUUGCACGCGGUGACCUCCCGUCCAGACAAGGCCUCCGGUCCCUCUUCAAGGACAUCUUCAACGAUGAAGUCCGCCAACUUCCCGCCGAGGGGACCUUCAAGACAAGUCACCAUGCCCAGUCGUCCGAGUUUGACAUUCGGCUCAGUCCCCUCGGCGUCAUCUACGCACUCCUCGAACUCCGCUUCAACCUCAUGCGGGCCACCGCAGCAGAAUACAGCGCAUACUCGUUCGAGGCUGCGUCCAGCUACCUCACCCACUUGAAGUGCAACAACACCCCCGAGGCGAAAGCCAUCCUAUCGCACGCCCGCAAGACCAGCAACAGCAAAUACCACCACAUCGACCCCACCGCCGUCUCCCGCCAGACGGGCAUACCGCGCACCAGCAUCAUCAGGCGGCUCAACGACCUCCACGACGCCGGCGCCCUGCGACUCAAGACCAGCGGCGUGCUCAACAAGUACAAAGUCCUCGGAACUCUUCCCCGAACGGACGGCGAAAUCGACCAACUGACGGACAAGGUGUACGCCGAGCUCGAAGGGCGCGAGACGCAGGCGAUGGAGCGGACGCAGCAGGUCGUCGACCUCUUCGCCAGCCCGACCUGCUUCGCGCGCGGCCUGGCGAGGCAUUUCGGCAUGGACCUGCCCGACGGGAGCGUCCGGUGCUCGCGCUGCACGUUCUGCGUGCUGGGGCGGCCCCUGUGGCCGCCCCCGAUGCCGCCCAAGGUCGUGAGCCACGCUGGGAUACAGAGGGUCCUCGCGGCGACGGCUGUCAGGGACGAUCCGCGCUUCCUGGCCCGCGUGGCGUUUGGGAUCAGGAGCCCGCGGGUGAGUCGGCUGGGGCUUGACAAGAAAGCUGUGUUUUCGUCCCUUUGGGAUCAUGAUUUCAAGUCGCUCUUGGAAGAGUUCACCAAGGCUUGUGAGAUUAAACAAGAACCAGGACUUGGCGGUAUAUAAGGACCUGAUCACCAUACAGCACGAAUCUUCCGGCGAAGCGCUGAACGGUUUUCUUUUCUCUGUGCAUUAUAUUAUCCUAUAU